UUGUUGCGUUCGAAAGUAAGACUCUGUUAAGUCCCAAAAUUCCUUAUCUCGAGUUUUUUCUCGAGAUAAGGAUCUUUUUUCAAAGAUUGAUAACGGAGCAACAGUUGAAAACGGUUGCAUUUUGCUAAACGGAAUUCUGGGUUGACGUGUAGUCUUUUGUCUAAAACUGAGAUUCUGCUGAUUGUAUGGAGCGCCUAUUGCGUCACGAGGAAGAGGAAUUUCUCUUCAAAGGGAAGAACAUCCAUUGCAGAAAUGAGCCACUUUUCAAAGGGUGUGGCAAUUCGCUAGUGUACCGCGGGUAUUUAAAAAAGGCGGAGGAUUCAAAAGAAGAAAUUGUAGUGAGGAAGAUUAAGGUAACAGAUUGUUGCGAUCAAUGGAAUGACAUCGUCACCAAACAUACUCGAGAGAAAGAUCCCAUCAAACACGAAAAUGUCCUCAAAAUUAUUAGCUAUGAAGAAAUGGAUGAAUGGAGAUAUUUUGGCCUGGUACGUUACGACGCUACAUUGGAGCAAUUUUGCAAAGGCUUUUAUAGAGGACCGAUGCCAUCUAACGCCCAAGUUCUUUGCCAAAUCACCAAUGGGCUUUUGUAUCUUCACGCAGAGCAAUGCUCACAUGGAAAUUUGACACCCGGAACAGUUCUGAUCGCUUCCUCACAACCUGUGCGGAUGAUGAUCAAAUUAUCAGAGUUUGGGUUGAGCAAAUUCAGCGACCAAUGCGACGACAGUCUAGCGGAGUUGCACGACCAAGAUGAACACACAUUUCAUACAGCGGCAAAGAGAUUGAAAUACUUCGAUAACUUCAAGGACCUCGUGGAAGAACAAGAUAUUUGCCAAAGGAAAUAUUGGAUAUUAGAUGGAACAACCACCGACAGUAACCAGCAGACCCCUACACCUCAUCAAGAUAUCUUUUCAGCAGGUUGCCUCUGUUUUUAUUUCCUCAAACGGGGUGUGCAUCCCUUUGGUGACGACUCGUCGUCAAUCUUGGAAAACAUUAAACAACGAAAUCCUGUUAACCUACCGAAAAAGUCUAUUACACAACAAGAAAAAGGCAUAUGGGAAUUUGCCUACGAGCCCAUAGAAAACAUGAUUGGAGAUCCACCGACCGACGGCACUAAUUGGUUGAUGAUAGCCAAAGAUCAUUUUAAGAAGGCCCUUCCUCUGAGAUUUGAAGAAAAAAAGGAGAACGAACUCGGCAGUGGGACAUUUGGAGUCGUGUACAGAGGGACGUUCGAAGGAAAUGCAGUUGCUGUUAAAGUAUUUAAGGAUCAUUUAGAUGUUGAAAGAAAAAAAGAACAGAAACGGGAAAUGGAGGAACAUCUCCGGUUGGACCACGAAAAUGUCCUAAAACUUUUGCACGUCGAUGAAUUACGGGAUAAAACAUGCCUUGUGCUCGAGUUAUGUGCUGGAACACUGACAGAUUAUUGCGAGAAGAAAUACAACGGACCGGAAUUGCCGCCAGAUGGCAUAGUUUUAUAUCAAAUCGCCAAUGGAUUGCACUACAUCCACUCCCGAAAUUUAGUUCAUCGCGACGUCAAACCGGAUAAUAUCCUCAUCUCAAUGACGACACCCAUUCAAUUGAAAUUGUCCGAUUUCGGAUAUGUAAAAAAAAUAAGUCCUCAGGGGACAUUUACGCAGCAGAGUGGAUUGAAAGGAACUCUGAAUUGGAUGGCGCCCGAAAUUUUGGAGCUUAUGGACGAUUCUAUCACUGAACUUCCGCACGGAACAAUCCAAAGCGACACAUUCGUUGCGGGCUGCGUCUUUUUCUACUUCCUGACCGGCGGUAAACAUCCGUUUGGCAACAGCGUCACAGUCCCGGGGAAUGUUUUGCAAAAUAAACCUGGAAACCUGAUGGAAGUCGUCCGCCAAAUUAAUUUUCCGGUUAUGCAAGGCCUAUACGAACUGAUCGAAAAAAUGAUAAAACCGAUAGAGGAAAGAAUCUCACUGCCCGAGGUCAUCAAACACUUGACAGCAAAAUUAUAUGCUUCACGACAAUUUAAGAUAUUUAGGAGGUCAGAGUCGGAAUUAAGGAACAUUUUAUUAUUUAACCGUUUCCACCCGACCGAACCGGUUCUCGCCUUAUUCUCUAGUCUUAUUGAUGAUCAAAUGAUGUUAUUGUUUGCGGAAAAUUCGUCCAUUCCUUUUUCAAAUUGGAAGGAAAAAGAACUUCAACUUGAAAUUGGGAAUUUUAGAGAACUCGAAACAAUAGAAUGGAAUGUAAGUAGAGCGUUUCAAAUAUUUUAAUACAUUUUUUUACACAGCCAGAUCAGAAGGAGCCUCCUUAGAUCUAAUCAGAAAGCGGACGGAACCAAAUUGGCUGCCGUCGCUAAAUUCGAUGAUGAUGAUGAUGUUGAAUAUGCCAUCGUAUGCUGGAGUUAUCCAAGUGGCGAAAUUCUCUUUCAAAAGACAAAUUUA